AAAAAUUUCCUUCUUUUUAGGUCCGCAGGCUCAAAACGUAGUGCGAGCCAGACAGCCAGUGCUGAUUCCUGACAUGGAAAUCAAGCAUAACCAAUCCAACGCGAAUUAUUAAUUUUUUUUUAUCAAAAGAAAAAAGAAAAAAGCCAAAGAUAUUUCCAAGCACCUUCCUCAGCCAACCUACGUCUUUUGCAUUCUUACUCUUUUCUCUGAAACUUCACUUUUCUGAUGUCCUUUUUCUCUUUCCUUUUGAUAAAUUAGUAAUUUCCCAUCACUUCUUCUCUCCAUUUUUUUCUUCUCAGUUUUGCUUCUCUCUUCUUCUUCAACCAUGGCCUCAUCUCCAAUCAAAGAAGGUGGAGAGAGGGAUUUGGAGAAAGGACUAAUGGCUUCACAGCUGAGUCAGAAUUCCCUCGUGGAAGCAUCACCAACACCAUCUCCAUCCUCAAAAGCAACAGCCUCAGCCCUGAUCCUAUCGAAUCCUGGCAAGCAUAUUGAUAGGAUGGGCAGUAGCCUCACCGGUUCCAGUUCCGGUAUCACUGAACACUCAGCAACACCAUCACCCUCCUCUACAGCAGUGGCCCCAGCUCUGGUCCUAUCCAAUUCUGGCAAGCGGAUUGACAGAAUGUCCAGUAGUCUCACCAGUUUCAGUUCUGGUACUGCAGAACCCUCAACAACACCAUCACCAACGUCUACAGCAACAGCCCCAGCUCUGGUCCUAUCAAAUUCUGGCAAGCGCAUUGAUCAGGCAAGCAAAAAGAAAUAUGUGAAGCAGGUAACAGGACGCCAUAAUGACACUGAGCUGCACUUGGCAGCACAGCGUGGUGAUCUAUCGGCUGUAAAGCAGAUUCUCGCUGACAUUGAUUCACAGAUGAUGAAGACUGCAAGUGGGGAAGAUUUUAAUAUGGAGGUCUUGGAGAUACAGGCAAGUGUUGUGAAUGAGGUGAAUGAGUUGGGGGAAACAGCCUUGUUUACAGCUGCAGAGAAAGGGCAUCUUGAUGUUGUCAAGGAAUUGCUAAAAUACUCAAAUAAAGAGACCAUUACUAAGAAGAAUAAAUCCGGGUUUGAUCCCUUGCAUAUUUCUGCGAGUGAAGGGCACCAUGCAAUUGUCCAAGUGCUGCUAGAUCAUGACCCUGGUCUAUGCCAAACAUUUGGGCCAUCAAAUGCAACCCCUCUUGUCUCUGCAGCCACUAAAGGGUAUACGGCAGUAGUCAAUGAGCUGCUGUCAAGGGAUGGAAGCUUGCUAGAGAGUACCAGAUCAAAUGGGAAAAAUGCAUUGCAUCUAACUGCUCGACGGGGGCAUGUAGAUGUUGUAAAAGCUUUGCUUAGCAAAGAUCCCCAAUUGGCAAGAAGAACUGACAAGAAAGGGCAGACCGCAUUGCACAUGGCUGUUAAAGGACAGAGUUGUGAGGUGGUGAAGUUGCUUCUGGAGGCAGAUGCUGCUAUUGUAAUGCUUCCAGACAAGUUUGGUAAUACAGCAUUACAUGUAGCCACUAGGAAAAAGAGAACAGAGAUAGUGAACGAGUUGUUGUCCCUUCCUGAUACAAAUGUCAAUGCACUCACCAGAGACCAUAAAACAGCCCUUGACAUAGCCGAGGGGCUUCCCCUCUCUGCAGAAUCCUCAGAUAUAAAGAGUUGCCUUUCUCGCUAUGGUGCUCUCAGAGCUAAUGAACUGAAUCAACCAAGAGAUGAAUUGAGGCAUGCAGUGACCCAAAUUAAGAAAGAUGUCCACACACAGCUUGAACAAACCAAACGAACCAACAAAAAUGUUCAUAAUAUUUCAAAGGAACUUAGAAAACUUCACCGAGAAGGAAUCAACAAUGCCACCAAUUCUGUGACUGUGGUGGCUGUUCUAUUUGCAACUGUUGCUUUUGCAGCUAUAUUUACUGUGCCUGGAGGAGAUGAAGAUAGUGGAGUUGCUGUGGUAGUAAGCUCUAGUUCUUUCAAAAUCUUCUUCAUCUUCAAUGCUAUUGCUCUCUUCACCUCUUUGGCUGUUGUCGUUGUUCAAAUCACAUUGGUUAGAGGUGAAACCAAAGCAGAGAAACAGGUAGUGGAAGUGAUUAACAAGUUGAUGUGGUUGGCUUCUGUCUGUACUUCAGUUGCUUUUAUGGCCUCCUCUUAUAUUGUGGUGGGCCGUAGACAUAAGUGGGCAGCACUUUUGGUUACAGUUGUAGGGGGUCUGAUAAUGGCUGGGGUUCUUGGCACAAUGACUUAUUAUGUGGUGAAAUCCAAGAGGACUAGAAGGAAGAGGGGUAAGAAUUCAAGGAGGAGUGGAUCCAACUCUUGGCAUCAUUCUGACUUCACUAAUUCUGAAGUUGAAGUUGAUAGGAUUUAUGCCCUCUGAUACCUCUGGAACAGGGGAAGUGGAGAUGAAUGUUAAAAAUUACAAAACAGAUCCCAAUAUGCCAUAUAUUGGAUUUAAAUAAAAAUAAUACCUGUUUGGCCUCUGCCCGGUCGUUGGUAUAUGCACAAUGCACAUCUACUUUCAUGACCAUGGCUUGCAAGGUACCAAGUAAUUUGAACUACUACUAGUUCUUCGAAGGCUUUUUUGUUUAAGGAAGAAAGAGGAAUGAGGAAAUUGGCAAUUUGUUUUAUGUCCUUUGAGUUUGUUUAGUGCAUUUAUUGGUAGAGCAAGGGUGGCAAAAGGCAUGAUCAGUUCUGGUUUUUAAGACGUUAUCAUGUACCUAAAUGGCUAUGCUUUUGGCCACGCUUGUGAUUCUUUUCAUGCAAGAAAUGGAGCUCAUGGUUUUCACAUGCCUACAAUAUCAGCCUGAAUAUUACUCAAGACAUCUGGAGCUAAUGCUCAAAAAACUGCAUCAGUCUCGGUUUGAUGGGUUCAUACGAUUGUGAUAUUUUAACUCAAUAGUAUCAGCUUUUAUUAAAAGCCUAGCCUUUGAAAUGUAUGAAUAGUCAUUCUAGCCUUUGAAAUUUGUUUCAGUGUUUUUGGUUUUCAUAUGAAUUUUUUGUAUCCUGUGAAGGGCAAGAACACUUGUGUUCAUCGAGAGGCAAACACAUUAUUAUUAUUUAUUUUUUGUGGUUAAUAAAAAUUUGAUGUAAGAAGAUUAUUUAGUUUUCAAGUAAGAAGAAAAUAUAUCGUAAUUGAUAAUUUAAUAUAAGUGAUGAUAGAUUGUAUAUUUGAAACAGAAUUUGAACUUAAAACAUUUUUGUCUGAGGAGGAGAAUUUUAAUCAA